AUGUCGACGACCACUUCCUCCUCGCCAACCUCCACCACAUCAGCCGCCCCAUCCACGACGACCACUUCUGGCAGCACCACGUCUCUGACCUCGUCUGCUUCCCUCUAUUUGUACACCUUCCUAGCCACCUUGGUUCUCUUGUUAUCCGUCUCGGCCGCGAUCGUCGUGCGCUCAUACAUACUGCGGAGGCGCCAACGUCUCCUUAUAGAGGAGGCUAUUCAGAAUGGCAACUACUUCCCUCCAUCCCAGCGGGCGCGCAAAUUCGGCGAGAAACCAAAACUGCACGACGCAUACCUUUCGUUCCGGAGCGGCAUCCAAGAGAAAAUUAGGUACGAGAAUGCCGGUGGAAGUGAUAUGGAAACCGGAAGCUGGUGGAGGGGGACGAUGCCUAUCGCAGGGGCUUUGAUCCGCAACAGCUUGAAUUCUAGGGACGCCGAGAACUCAUCAGAGCCUCCCGCACGACCUACAUUGCUCUCUGCAUGGCAUCAGUUGUCUUCGAGGGCCAUUCGUUCUGUCCUGCCGCCCAGCUCAGCCUUCUCGCAGGACUCGGACCUCAACAUGACUCCGCAUGCGUCCUCCCAACCGCCUGUAACGUCUCCAAUCGACCUGGCGUCGAACUGUGCCCUCGUCGACGGACAGAAAUUUAAUCUGGCUUUCUUAGUCGCCAUGCCGAAUCCCCAUGGUCCAUGCAGUAUGGGUGAAGAAGGUCAGCUCCCACAUCUUGAGUUUGGGAUUGCACAAGUCCCUGUGAGGGUGAUACCAGAGGAGACGUAA